AUGGAUCAAGUGUCAGUGCCUGUUUCGCUUCAUUCGCUUGCUCCAUCUAUUCCAAAACUUAAUGGAACAAAUUUCUCAGAUUGGUGUGAACAAGUCCAGUUUCACUUAGGUGUUCUGGAUCUUGAUUUAGCACUCCGAACUGAGAAACCUGCUGCUCUCACUGACAAUAGCAGCAGUGAAGAAAAAUCUUUCCAUAAGGCUUGGGAAAGAUCGAAUAGAUUGAGCAUUAUGUUUAUGCGAAUGACUGUAGCAAACAACAUAAAGACUACGCUUCCUCAAGCUGAAACCGCUCAGGAAUACUUGAAGAAUGUUGAAAAUCGUUUCAAGAUUGCUGACAAGUCCCUUGCAGGGACAUUAAUGGCUGAGCUUACCACCAAGAAAUUUGAUGGUACGCGAGGCAUGCGUGAGCAUGUUCUUGAAAUGACUAAUGUAGCAGCAAAACUAAAGACCCUGGGGAUGAGUGUGGAUGAGUCAUUCCUUGUUCAAUUUAUUUUGAACUCUUUGCCUCCUCAGUAUGGACCGUUCCAAAUUAACUACAACACCAUUAAGGACAAAUGGAAUGUGGAUGAAUUGUCCAACAUGCUUGUUCAAGAGGAGGGAAGACUUAAGCAGCAAGGGGACCAUUCCAUUCAUCUUGUAACUCAAGGAGCUGGAAAGAAAUAUGGAAGAAAGCCUGGAAAUGGCAAGAAAGGAGGACUGUCCAAGAGUAGUGAACCUGCUAAUGUUACUCAGGUUCAGAGGAAGGAACAAAAGGGUGAUAUAUGCCAUUUCUGUAGAAAGUCAGGGCAUUAUCAGAAAGAUUGCCCAAAACGUAAAGCAUGGUUCGAAAAGAAAGGUAAGCAUUUGGCUUUAGUAUGUUUCGAAUCAAAUUUGGCUGAAGUUCCUUACAAUACUUGGUGGGUUGACUCCGGUGCUACUGUUUAUGUCUCUAAUUCGAUGCAGGGAUUCCUUACGACCCAAACUUUAAAUCCAAAUGAAAAUUCCAUCUUUAUGGGGAAUCGAGUCAAAGCUCCAGUUGAAGCCAUUGGAACCUUUCGUUUAAUUUUGGAUACUGGGCAUAAUUUAGAUUUAUUUCAAACACUCUAUGUUCCUAAUUUUUCCAGAAACUUGAUUUCAAUUUCUAGACUUGACCGUGAUGGAUUUUCCUUUAAGUUUGGUAAUGGUAAACAAACCAAACACACCAAGAAAGGAGCCACAAGAAGUUCAGGGCUUCUUGAAAUUAUUCAUACAGACAUUUGUGGACCUUUUGAUGCUCCAUCUGUUACUGGAGAAAAAUAUUUCAUCACCUUCAUAGACGAUUUUUCAUGUUAUGGCUAUGUUUAUCUAUUGAAGGAAAAAUCUGAGGCAGUGAACAUUCUUGAAGUGUUCAUUACCGAAGUUGAAAGACAAUUAGAUAAAAAGGUGAAAAUUGUCAGAUCAGAUAGGGGUGGUGAAUUUUAUGGAAAAUAUAAUGAAUCAGGUCAAUGUCCUGGUCCAUUUGCAAAACUCCUAGAAAAGCAUGGCAUUUGUGUUCAAUACACUAUGCCAGGUACGCCGCAGCAGAAUGGUGUUGCUGAAAGGCGUAAUCGUACACUUAUGGAUAUGGUUAGGAGAAGGAAACCCAGUUUAAGGCAUCUUCAUGUUUGGGGUUGCCCAACAGAAAUAAGAAUUUAUAAUCCACAUGAAAAGAAAUUGGAUUUUAGAACGAUCAGUGGUUACUUUAUUGGUUACCCAGAAAAAUCCAAAGGAUAUAGGUUUUAUUGUCCUAAUCAUAGUACGAGAAUUGUAGAAACCGGUAAUGCCAGAUUCAUUGAAAGUGGUGAAGUCACUGGGAGUGGAAAAACUAAAGAAGUGGUCAUUCAGGAGGUUAGGGUGCAUGUCCCUUCACCCAUGCCUUAUACGGAAGUUGUUGUUCCUACACAUGCUGAACUAUUAAGCAAUGUUGAACAACAAAUCAAUGACCAACCACUCCAUAAUGAGACUAUCACAAAUGAAAAUGUAGUGGAAGAACCACAAGAAAUAAUAUUAAGACGAUCUCAAAGAGAAAGGAGGUCUGCUAUUUCGCAUGAUUACGUGGUUUAUCUACAUGAAUCUGAUUUUGAUACAGGGAUAAAUAAGGAUCCAGUUUUGUUUUCACAAGCCAUUAAUUGUGUUGAUUCUGCUAAAUGGAUUGAUGCCAUGCAUGAUGAGUUGAAAUCAAUGGAACAUAAUGAAGUCUGGGAUCUCGUUGAAUUGCCUGAGGGUUGCAAGCAAGUUGGAUGUAAGUGGGUUUUCAAGACCAAAUGUGACUCAAAUGGCAAUAUAGAGAGAUAUAAAGCCAGACUAGUGGCCAAAGGUUUCACUCAGAAGGAAGGCAUUGAUUAUAAGGAGACCUUUUCACCAGUCUCUAAAAAGGACUCACUCAGAAUCAUUAUGGCAUUGGUAGCUCAUUAUGAUUUGGAGUUACAUCAAAUGGAUGUGAAGACAGCUUUUUUGAAUGGGAGUUUGGAAGAAGAAGUCUAUAUGGAUCAACCAGAAGGCUUCUCAUUAAAGGGAAAGGAACACAUGGUCUGUAAACUAAAGAAGUCAAUAUAUGGACUUAAGCAGGCUUCCCGACAAUGGUAUCUUAAGUUUAAUGAUAUCAUUAUUUCCUUCGGUUUUAAGGAAAACACUGUUGAUCGGUGUAUAUAUCUGAAGGUCAGUGGGAGUAAAUUUAUAUUCCUAAUUCUGUAUGUUGAUGACAUUUUGCUUGCUAGUAGUGAUCUUGGUUUAUUACAUGAAACCAAGAAGUUUCUCUCAAAGAACUUUGAAAUGAAAGAUAUGGGUGAGGCAUCUUACGUGAUAGGAAUUGAGAUAUUCCGUGAUAGGUCACGUGGUAUAGUGGGUUUGUCUCAGAAAGCAUAUAUUGAAAGAGUUCUAGAGAGAUUUGGUAUGGAAAAUUGUUCGCCCAGUGUUGCUCCAAUUCAGAAAGGGGAUAAGUUUAGCCUUAUGCAAUGCCCGCAAAAUGAAUUGGAACGCAAACGAAUGGAGAGUAUUCCUUAUGCAUCCGCUGUAGGAAGCCUAAUGUAUGCACAGACUUGUACCAGGCCAGACAUCAGUUUUGCAGUUGGGAUGUUGGGCAGGUACCAAAGCAAUCCAGGAAUUGAUCACUGGAAAGCCGCAAAGAAAGUAAUGAGAUACUUGCAAGGAACCAAAGACUAUAUGCUCACAUUUAGAAGGUCUGAUAACUUGGAAGUAAUUGGUUAUUCAGACUCAGAUUUUGGUGGAUGUGUUGAUACUAGAAGAUCAACUUUUGGAUAUUUGUUCCUACUAGCUGGAGGAGCAAUUUCCUGGAAAAGUGCAAAGCAAUCUUCCAUUGCUUCAUCCACUAUGGAGGCCUAG